UCCACGAUUUUCUCGUUAAUUUCACACUUUGUGAAGUAUUGAUUCAGUUUCAGUCGAAUUCUUGUUCUUCGAGCUAGUUUCUGAGUUGUUCUAUCUUGAAAAUCCGAAAAUUUAGGAAUUUCAUGUUUCAGGAUUGGAUUUAUUUGAAUUUGUACUUAGCUUCCGAAGACAUGCAAUAAUGGUGAAAGAAGUUUGUUUCUGCAUUUUGUUGUUGGCGCUACUGCCAGCAAUCCUUGCCCACGGUUCUAAACAAUCAACGACGACUUAUCGCAUUAGUCGGUUUGCCUGUUCAAACUUGAAAUGUUAUUAUCAUUUGAUCGAUAAAGAUAGGUCUAAUCGGAAACUUUUGGGAGAUGUCAGCAGUAAAGAUGAUCAUAAGUCAUCAUCGUCUUCUCCAAGGAACUUGACAAUGGCAGCAUCUGGAGUUUUGAUUCUCUGCUGUGGUUUUCUAUGUCCAUGUUUCUGGAGAAGACGGAGAGAAAUGGAACACCAUGUUUUAUCAAAGAGUCAUUCAAUUGGUUCAUCAUCUUCCUUGGUGGAACUGAAUAAUUACCAUGAAAAGUUUCCUGGCAGUCCUAUGCGAAGUCCUCCGAGGUUUUCAAUGUCGCCGAAGCUGAAUAGUGUAACUUCAGUUCAUCUGAAUUUGAGUCAGAUUGCUAAAGCAACACAGAAUUUCUCAUCAUCAAUGAAGAUAGGAGAAGGUGGUUUUGGAAAUGUGUAUAAAGCAUUGUUGACAAAUGGCCAGAUUGUUGCAGUAAAACAAGCCAAACAAGAAGUUUUUGAUGCCUUAAAGACUGAAUUCACCAGUGAAAUUGAACUUUUGGCGAAAGUUGAACACAGAAAUCUAGUGAAGUUGCUGGGUUAUGUAAAUCAAGGAAGAGAACAUCUUAUCAUUAUGGAGUAUGUGCCUAAUGGAAAUCUUAGAGAACAUUUAGAUGGUCUGCGGGGCAAAAGUUUGGACUUUAAUCAACGGCUGCAGAUCGCAAUUGAUGUUGCUCAUGCAUUGAUUUUUCUCCAUCUAUAUUCAGAAAGACAAAUUAUUCAUCGGGACGUGAAGUCAUCAAACAUCCUCUUAACAGAUAGCAAGAUGGCUAAGGUGGCAGAUUUCGGGUUCGCUAGACUUGGUGCAAACCCUGAUUCCAACACAACGCACAUCGUGACUCAAGUUAGAGGAACAAUGGGUUAUCUCGAUCCCGAAUACAUGAGGACCCACAAACUUACCCCGAAAAGUGAUGUCUUUUCUUUCGGUAUCUUACUUGUGGAAAUCUUGACUGGACGAAGACCCAUUGAACCGAAGAAACCUGAUGAUGAGAUUAUAACCGUUAGAUGGGCAUUUAAUAAUUGCAAUGAAGGGAAAGUAAUGCAGUUAGUAGAUCCUUUGAUGAAAGAAACAAUUGAAGAAGAUGUUCUUGAGAGAUUGUUUGGUUUGGCGUUUGAAUGUGCAGCUCCAACUAGGUCUGAUAGACCGGAUAUGGAAGUUGUUGGGGAACGGUUGUGGGGAAUAAGGAUGGAUUAUCUAAGGAAAGGAGGAAAGGGGUAAA